UCUUUCUAUCUAUGGAGUGUACGUAAUCCGUCGUUGUAUUGGGGUUUGCACACGGGGGCAAAAUGUGGGUAAAUAGGAAGGGGAUACCUAGACCCUAAGGAUUCUCUCAACCCAGUCCCCCAGCAGUCAGAGAAGGUGGCGGACCUCAUUGAGGCAAACCUGGGCCGUUGGCACUAAAAUGUCCUUAAGUAGUGGCACUGCAGGCGGGAAAGGUGUGGACUCGAAUGCGGUGGACACUUACGACAGCGGUGAUGAGUGGGACAUCGGUGUAGGAAAUCUGAUUAUCGACCUAGACGCUGACUUAGAAAAGGACAAACUUGAGAUGUCUGGAACCAAGGACGGAGGGGGUAUGACGGCUCCGCCCAGUGCUGUUGCAGCUUUGCCUGACAACAUCAGAUUUGUUAGUCCUGUACCUGGCCCUCAAGGCAAGGAGAGUAAAUCUAAAUCCAAACGCAGCAAAAACUCAAAAGACAAUAGUAGCAAGGUCUCAGCUGGAGAUGGGGCCAAGAAAGAAGGGCAGACGCGAACCCAAGGGGAACCAACCAACACUGGUGCUACUGCAGGAGCCACUAGCAACAAUUCCACUACUGGCAAAGGAAUGGAGAAGGGUGGCAAAGUCUCUCGGAACAGUGGGAAAAAAGACAAGGAAGGGACAAGUGGGAAAAGUAAGAAGGAGAAAAGCGAGGGAGUGCCAGUGGUGGUAAUAGCUGCCACUGAAAAGGAGGUGGUUUCUCAAGUAGCUUUGGGGGUUAACCGUAGUGCCCCCUUUGAGAACACACAAUCUACAGACUUGGUAGGGGACGAUCAGUUGGGGAAUAUUGCACUUGAGUCUGUUGGGAUUGUUCCAGCAUUGACAAUUAAAACUGAACCGCAGGAGCUGGACAAUAUAGAAUGCAGAACAUUGAAGAAAGUGAAAAAUGAAAAGAUGGAAUCUCCUGUCUCCACACCGGCCCCUCCCCCCCUCCACCUCCUGGCCGCAGUGGGGGACAACAUCGCGUCCCCGUGCGAGCAGAUAAUGGUGCGCACUCGCUCGGUGGCGUCCAACACAUCAGACGCUUCCCUGGCAACGGAGCCCGAUUGCCUUGGUCCCUGCGAGCCCGGGACUAGCGUCAACCUGGAGGGCAUUGUGUGGCAAGAGACCGAAGACGGCAUGCUGGUGGUGAAUGUGACCUGGAGGAACAAGAGCUACGUCGGCACCCUGUUGGACUGUACUCGACACGAUUGGGCACCUCCCAGGUUCUGUGAGUCUCCCACCAGUGACUUGGAGAUGAGGAAUGGCCGGGGCCGGGGCAAGAGGAUGAGGCCCAACAGCAACACACCCGUCAACGAGAACAGCAACUCGUCGGACAACAAGGGCAGCGGCACCAGCAAGACACGUGCCGCCAACAACAACAGUAAGGGCCGGCGGGGCAGCCAGACGUCGUCGGAGCGCCGCACGCCGCCCAACAGCAACACAGAGGACGUCAAGGCCAGCCCCUCAUCGGCCAGCAAGCGCAAGUCCAAACCUGCCUCAGACAUGGAGCCCAACUCCAGCUCUGAGGACACCAAAGGCAACAAGCGCAUGCGCACCAACUCCAACAGCGGAGGAGGAGGGGCGCCUCCCCCUGUCCUUCCCCCCAUCCCCUCAAUUAAAACUGAGCCCCAGCCCCCGACGCUCGACCGCAACUGCCCCUCGCCGGUCCUCAUCGACUGCCCGCACCCCGGCUGCAACAAGAAGUACAAGCACAUCAACGGCCUCAAGUACCACCAGGCACGUGCACACAACGACGACGACGACAUCAAGCUGGACCUGGAUGGGGACAGUGAGUACGGGGAGGACUCCACGCUUCACCCUGAGCCGGGGAACUGCAACGGGGCCUCCAGUUCUCACAAAGGCUGCCUGUCUCCCGCACGGUCCGUCACCCCCAAAGGAAGGGGCUUGGACUGCCAGAGUCCGUCUCCUUCCCCGGGCAAGUUUGGUUCCAAACACAGUAAAAAGAAAGGUGGUGACGCUGACCCUGAAGCAAGCGGCAUGCCGAUGGAAGGCUGUGACGACGGGCCUUGUCUCACCGACGAGGCCAGCAACGAUGGCAUGGAAAAGUCCAAGUCCCACAAAAAGUCCAAGACCGACAAACUUUCUCAGAAGAACAUGAAGUCAUUGUCCCGGCCUGUACCCCCAGGGAGCGUAGCUUCCCAGCAGCUCUACUCCUUACAGGCUGCCUCUUUCCCUGCAGGGGGGAACACCAAUGCCUCCCUAGGGAUCCCCCCUAUGAUACAGGGCAUCCCCAAAAGCCCCCAGAUGAAGGGCGCCCAGCCCACCAAACCCCCUGCCGCGAUGGGAGACCCUGCCGCGCUGAACCCUGCUUCCGGUGCCUCAAAAGAAAAGAAGAAGAAGGAGAAGAAGAAGAGAGACAGCAGGAAGGAGGCAGACAGCCCCAAGCCUCCGGGGAAAGGGGGGAAACCAGAAGAAGGCAAGAGCCCCUACUCUGAGUCCUCAGAGCCAGGAAAAGGUGACGGGCUACUUAACGGCUCCUCGGACCCCCACCAGAGCCGUCUUGCCAGCAUCAAGGCAGAGGCGGAUAAGAUCUACAGCUUCACCGACAAUGCCCCCAGUCUGUCCAUAGGGGUGGCCAGCCGGAUUGAGGGCACGGGAAUGCCUCAGCCACUCACGCCCCUCCACGUGGUCACCCAGAAUGGUGGCGGAGCCGACAACUCCUCAGUCAAGACCAACAGCCCGGCGUACUCGGACAUCUCGGACGCAGGGGAGGACGGAGAGGGCAGACUUGUGGAAGGGGUGAAGGUCAAGGUGGAGGAUCAAGGCAUCAGAGAAGGAGCCAAGAAAGCCUUGUUCCCCAGCCAGACGCCCAACAAGGAGUCUCCGUACUAUGCCGGCUAUGAGGCCUACUACUCGCCCAACUACACCUGCCCCAGCCCGGGUGCCGCCAACCCGGGCAUGCCGCACACCGAAAGUCCGGCGGUGAAAGUGAAGCGUGAGGACGAACAGGAGAAUGUGGAAGACAAGGUCAAAGUGGAGCCUCACGAAGAUCGCAAACCCGAGAUGAACGCCUCCAGUCAACAACAACAACAACAACAACAUCAUCAUCAGCAGCAGCAACAGUCAGUCAUCCAACAGCGCUCCAACAUGUACAUGCAGCCUCUCUAUUACAACCAGUACUCCUACGUUCCCCCGUACGCCUACCACCCGGACCAGGCCUACCACAACCACCUGCUCAACACCAACCCAGCCUACCGGCACCAGUACGAGGAGCGCCAGCGCCAGGUGAUCUCUGAGCAGCACAGGGCGGCAGUGGCGGAGAAGAAGAGCUCUGACGCGGCGGCCAUGAAGGAACGCGAGGCCUCCAUGAAGGAGGAGUGGAAGCAGAAGGCCUUGGGGCCGCCCACUCUCUCCAAGGCCCCUGGCAAGACUGACAGCCUGGCCAACAAGACCCAACAGAACCAGGGUAAGACCAGAGACUCUCCAUCGGAGCCCUCCAAGGCCUCCGCCACUGGCCUGAAAGGAGAGGUAUCUAAGUCCCAGCAGGCCGAAGGGCUGAAGAUGAAGCUGAGUGAAGGGGGGCACCAUGGGAAGGAGGACUCCAAGCCAAGCCUGGACUCCAGAGCGGGGAUAGAGCAAGCCAUGUGGUACAGACAGCAGACCCAGAUGGAGGACGAGCAGCAACAACCACCACCGCGGUGGAAAGACGAGAGAGACCGAGAGCGAGAGAGAGACCGCGACCGCAAAGGAAAGGACGACAGGCCCAACAGGCCCAAGGAGAGUGGCGGUCCCAAAGAGGAGGAUGGCGCUGGUCCGAAAGAGGGCACAGACCCCAGAACGUCUUCUGCUGAGGACCAACGGGCCAUGGGCAAAGACCCUCGUGCCAAUGCCCACAUGCAGUUCUCCUCUGCCCUGGCGCAGCAUCAGGGCUACAUGCCCUAUAUGCAUGGUUACCCUUAUGGGCAGGGCUAUGACCCCAGCCACCCCGGGUACAGAGGCAUGCCCACAGUCAUGAUGCAGAAUUACCCAGGUUCCCCCUACCUGCCCGCGGGCUACCCAUUCUCCCCGUACGGCGGCAAGAUGGCUGGUGGUGAGGAGGAGGUGAGGGGAGGUGACAAGUCACGCGCCAGCCCCACGGUGAGUGGCAAGGCAGCUUCGGUGGACUCCAAGGCCCUGGACAUCCUGCAGCAGCACGCCAGCCAGUACAAGAGCAAGUCCCCCACGGUGGGCGACAAGCCGUCCCAUGAGAGGGACAGGGGAGAGAGGAGCGGCGGGGAGAGGGAACGAGAGAGGGACAUGGAGCGGCCACGCUCCUCGCCCUCCCAGCGCAUCAUGCCCUCCCAUCACCACCUGGGAUACCCGCUGCUCUCGGGCCAGUAUGAUCUGUCCUACACUACAGGUCUCUCGUCAUCAGCUAUUGUUGCCAGUCAGCAAGCCGCAGCCCCCUCCCUCUACCCCCCGGCGCGGAGAUGAAAACGGGAGACGUGACUGACACCUCGCCACCCUGCAAAGAUUCAUGUGACUGGCUCACAUGAGGAAGCCCUGGGCUCCGAGUCCAUUUUAGACAUCAGUUGAAUGGUGUUUCUAUAUUUUUAGUUCUCUGCCUGAAUGUCCGGCAGAUUCUUUUUUUUUCUUCUUCUCCUAGCAGCAUCUUUUUCCCUCAUUUCCCUCCUGCCCCACCGUGGCCUAGGACUGAACUCAGCCAAGGUUUCCCUCCUGCCCCACCGUGGACUAGGACUGACCUCAGCCAAGGUUUCCCUCCUGCCCCACCGUGGACUAGGACUGACCUCACCCAAGGUUUCCCUCCUGCCCCACCGUGGACUAGGACUGACCUCACCCAAGGUUCAAAGCCAUCACUGUCUGCCCAUGUGCACACCUCCGCUGAUAUCUAUUGGUCUUUGCACUGUUGAUGAACGAACACAUGCAAAAAUAGACCAACUGACUGCCUGAAAAGCUGAAAAGGGGUUCUGACUGCAUAGUUUUUUUUGUCCCGUGCAGAACGGGGCUGGGUGGCUGGGGGGGAGGGGUGAUGGGGGAGGGGUCAAACUAAAAUAAAGACUGACAAAAGUAAACAAGUGAAUCAUGUUGAAAUGUUUGAACUUGCUGUUGUUGGCCUGUUGUACGCAGUGUGCCAGUAUAUCUUGACAAUUGUCAUUAGUAGGUUUACUGUGUGUGGUGAGAGGACGCUUGAGGAGAGAGGCUCAACCUCAGAAUUCUAUAGGUGUUGAAGGGUUUGUUUUCUCGUCCCUCAACCAGCCAUUUGCUCGCUAAACACCUCUUGAUUCACUUUUCAGGGAUAGACAUAAUUAUUGUGUGAAGGGAACACAUUCACCUCAAUAUAGUUCAUGUUUUGUGUUUUCUUGACAUUUGCAUUGUUCAUUUCACGGCAUGAGUGACUUUUCUUUCAGUUAAUUUGAUUCCUCCCCACUUCCCAAUCCAUCCUUUAAUGUGUUUUUGAUACGCCAGUCUCACUUCACCCUUUCCGUACACUGAAUCAACCAAAUCACACAAAACCGUGGCUCACUCUGAUCAAUAUUGCACUGACUGAUGUCCAGUUGUAACCAUGGUUUCUGUUCAGAAGUGUAGAGCUGUUUAUUACCUCAGAACACUGGGGAUCAUCUACUGAAGAGGUCGGCCAUUUUCACCUUACUGGUCCUGCAAUCGGCACAGCAAAUGGACCAGUUCGUUAUCCUGUCAAUUUCCAUGGAGGAAGAAUCAAACAACUGAUUGCGGAGGAGGAGGAUGAGGAAGGAUGCACAACGUAAAGUCAAGGCAGAACCAGGGAGGAGCGAUGCCCGGCUAGACAACACACAACCAACCACACACAUCUAGCUCAGAGCGACCCCAUCCCGUCAGCAACACCACUUGUGUGGGCAGCGCUUCAAUCCUAUAUACCCUUGGCUUAGCAACCCUUCCCCUGUGUUACAGUAGUGCAGCACUGAGCCAAUGUGGGAGUCCGUGUAGAUUCAACCAAGCCUGGCCAAUGUCUGGCACUCCUAUCACUGGGUGGCCCUUCAGGUGACAACUGCCAGAGACUGUUACAUGGUCACAUUACAGCUGGGCUCCCCUCAGUAGAGGGACGUCACCUGUCUUGACUCUCACUCACUUCAUUCAACCCCUUCUCUCUGCCACUCACCUCAUUCAACCCCUUCUCUCUGCCACUCACCUCAUUCAACCCCUUCUCUCUGCCACUCACCUCAUUCAACCCCCUUCUCUCUGCCACUCACCUCAUUCAACCCCCUUCUCUCUGCCACUCACCUCAUUCAACCCCCUUCUCUCUGCCACUCACCUCAUUCAACCCCCUUCUCUCUGCCACUCACCUCAUUCAACCCCCUUCUCUCUGCCACUCACCUCAUUCAACCCCCUUCUCUCUGCCACUCACCUCAUUCAACCCCUUCUCUCUGCCACUCACCUCAUUCAACCCCCUUCUCUCUGCCACUCACCUCAUUCAACCCCCUUCUCUCUGCCACUCACCUCAUUCAACCCCCUUCUCUCUGCCACUCACCUCAUUCAACCCCCUUCUCUCUGCCACUCUCUCAGACCAGUGGGGCAGUAGGGGUUUUGGAGAUGAGGGGGGAGUGUAGUCUCUCAGACCAGUGGGGCAGUAGGGGUUUUGGAGAUGAGGGGGGAGUGUAGUCUCUCAGACCAGUGGGGCAGUAGGGGUUUUGGAGAUGAGGGGGAGUGUAGUCUCUCAGACCAGUGGGGCAGUAGGGGUUUUGGAGAUGAGGGGGGAGUGUAGUCUCUCAGACCAGUGGGGCAGUAGGGGUUUUGGAGAUGAGGGGGUGUUAAUCAAAGGUGAUUUAAAAACAGUCACAGUGAUCUUAGAUUUGUUCUUUACCUGUUUAUUUAUUCAAGAACCCUUUUUGAAGAAGAUCUAGGGAUGUUGUCUGGAUUGAAGCAUGGAUGAACUCUUGAGUUGAGAAGCUUAAUUUAACCUUUGUGCCCAUUUAAGCAAGGAGCCAUGAAAUGAUGCCUCUGUAGUGGGAUACGGCACCUAAAACACAACACAAUGUCCUCCCCUCCACUAAUGCAGGCGCUGCAAAAAGACUCCUUUCCUAUUGACACAAAGUAGUCGCUAUACAAUGUAUAGAAAAGGCUUCAUAUGGUGCGUGAGCUGGAGUCGUUGAGAGUGAAGCUAAACCAGUCGUUAAAAGUGAAAGAUGUAUAUUUAUUUUUUCUAUUUUCAGGGAGGGGUACUUGCGCUAUACAAACGAGGCUUGUUGACAGUCUGCCCUGUAAGAAACAAUGUGGAAUGUUCCAGAAGUCAACAUACUGCUGGCCAGAACAUUAUCACAAUUGUCAGGUAGCUUCUUUUUUAUUUUUGUUCAGUAUUGAAGUACAUAUAUACACCUGGAUUUCACUAACUUGAACCUGCUAGCUUGGUGGUGUAACACCUUGUAAAGGACUAGGACAGUUAACAUAUUAGUCUCAUUGUGUUGCUAGUUUCUUGUCCUAUAGGACUAGGACAGUUAACAUAUUAGUCUCAUUGUGUUGCUAGUUUCUUGUCCUAUAGGACUAGGACAGUUAACAUAUUGGUCUCAUUGUGUUGCUAGUUUCUUGUCCUAUAGGACUAGGACAGUUAACAUAUUAGUCUCAUUGUGUUGCUAGUUUCUUGUCCACAAGUGUCAUGGUUCAUAAAUGGAAUGGUGUUGCGACCUGUAUAUCUGAAUGUGACAGUGUGUUGAGAUGUCCUGUACAACUAAUAUCUAAUAGAAAUAUAGACCGCUGUGACGUUGUAUGACGCAUCAGUGGAUUGUCAUUUCUACAUGUCCCAAGCAGGUGGCGUAAGAAUGGCUUUCCACUAUACUGGAGGAAGAGACUAGUGCAUUGCUCCAAAGGACAGAGAUUUAGACUUGGUAGUAGGUUGAAUAAGAAUCGUAUUGCCUUAGGGGUAUGAUAAAGCCACACAAGCAAGUACUUACUAUCCAGCAACUUAAAGGAAAAAGCUCUUGAUUUUGUCUUGUUAUUUUUGGAGGACAUCCUUUCUUUGUUAGCUACUCUUUGACUGAGUCGUUUUUUUGUUCUCCAGAACGGCAGUUGCUUCAGUUGUCUCAAUUGGUGCUUAUAAAAACAUCCUUUAUCCCUUGGGAACAAAGACACUCUUUCCGACAUCUUAAAUUACCAGAUCAUGUCUUGUCUCCCUCCUCACCUUCCUCACGGGCCCUCUCGUGUCACUCAGAACCCUCAAAGUAUCACUCACUGGUACUUGCAAGGAUGUUUACAAUGGUUUUCAUUUCUAUGGUUGAGCCCUGUUUCCUGUGGUCUCACCCCUUCCCUCCCUCUUCUCCUUCAUCCUCCCCUUCAGGAGUUUAUGUAAAGUGUGCAUUACCACCACGGUUCUUUUUUUAUACAAUACUGUAACUUGCCUUUGUACAUUUGGGCGAAAAAUAAAUCUUUUUAUGAGACAAUCAUA